AUGGCGCCAAUGCCACAAACGCCUCACAAGGACGACCUCGACGAAACGUGGUCGUUCUUGGAGACCGGAAUCGAUAGCGUUAUGACGAAGCUGGAGGAAGGAGUGGACAUGAAGACUUACAUGGCUCUCUACACGGCCGUCCACAAUUUCUGUACCUCUCAGAAAGCAGUCUCCAGCAGCCAAGGCCUGCAGGCUCACCGUGGAGCGCACUUACUGGGCGAGGAACUCUACAGGCUAUUGGGACACUAUCUCUCGCGCCAUCUUGCCUCGGUACGCGAGGAAUCCCAGAGCCACACUGAAGAAGCACUCCUGGCCUUCUACAUCCGCGAAUGGUCCCGCUACACCACUGGAGCCAAAUACGUCAACCACUUGUUCAGCUACCUCAACCGCCACUGGGUCAAGCGUGAGAUCGACGAGGGAAAAAAGAAUGUUUACGAUGUCUACACUUUGCACCUGGUCAAGUGGAAAGACGAUUUCUUCGAGCAUGUGCACGAGAAGGUGAUGGAUGCCGUUCUGAACCUGAUUGAGAAGCAGCGUAAUGGUGAGACUAUCGAGCAGUCACAAAUCAAGAACAUCGUCGAUUCCUUUGUGUCUUUGGGUCUGGACGAAAACGACAGCAAGAAGUCUACCCUCGAGGUCUACCGACACUACUUCCAGAAACCAUUCAUUGCCGCCACGAAAUCCUACUACGAGAACGAGUCCCGUCAGUUUGUGGCGGAAAAUAGUGUCGUGGAAUACAUGAAGAAAGCGGAGGCUCGACUUGCAGAGGAGAAGGAUCGUGUGGGCCUUUACUUGCACCCUGAUGUUACCAAAAGCCUUACAGAUACCUGCCUGGAGGUCCUCGUCACUGCCCACUCCGGUGUGCUCCGUGAUGAAUUCCAGGUUCUCCUGGAUAACGAACGCCAGGACGACCUCGCUCGGAUGUACCGCCUUCUAUCCUGCAUUCAAGACGGCCUGGAUCCUCUGCGCUCCACAUUUGAAAACCACGUGAGACGAGCUGGCUUGGCUGCAGUUGAGAAGGUCCGUUCCGAAAGUGAUAACUUCGAGCCUAAGCUCUACGUGGAUGCGCUGCUUCAGGUUCAUUCCCGGUAUCAGAACUUAGUCGACGAGGCUUUCAAGGGUGAGUCUGAGUUCGUGCGUUCUCUCGAUAAUGCUUGCCGAGAGUUCGUCAACCGGAAUUGCUUCUGCUUGACGUCCACCACUCGCUCCCCCGAGCUUCUCGCCAAGUAUACCGAUGGCUUGUUGAAGAAGGGGUCUAAGGCUGCCGAGGAGUCUGAGCUUGAAGAGAUGCUGGUGCAGAUCAUGACCGUUUUCAAGUACAUCGAGGACAAGGAUGUUUUUCAAAAGUUCUAUUCCAAGAUGCUGGCAAAACGCCUGGUCCACGUCAGCUCGGUAUCUGACGAUGCGGAGACCAGUAUGAUCAGCAAGCUCAAGGAAGCAUGUGGUUUCGAAUAUACAAACAAGUUGCAGCGCAUGUUCCAAGAUAUCCAGCUCUCUAAGGAUCUUAACUCUGGCUACAAGGAUCAUCAAGAGAAGACCUACGAUGACGAGGAGCGGAAACGGAUGGUUGAUUCGCACUUUCAGAUUCUGGGAACCGGCUUUUGGCCUCUCCAACCUCCAAGCUCGCCCUUCAACGCCCCCAUGGAGAUCAACAAAACCUGCGAGCGAUUCCAGCAAUAUUACUUCGGGAAGCAUAAUGGUCGCAAGCUGACAUGGCUGUGGCAGCUAUGCAAGGGAGAAGUCAAGGCGAACUACAUCAAGAACACGAAGUUCCCUUACACAUUCCAGGUCUCCACAUAUCAGAUGGGCAUCUUGCUGCUGUUCAAUGAGACCGACACCGUGUCUUACCCGGAUAUCCAGAAAGCAACUGCUCUCAGUCCUGAAGUUCUCGACGCCAACCUCGGCAUCCUCCUGAAGGCGAAGGUGCUCCUUCCCAGCCCGGAUGGCGCCAAGCCCGGACCUGGCACCACAUUCAGCCUCAACUACAACUUCAAAAACAAGAAAAUCAAAGUCAACCUCAAUGUCGGAAUCAAGUCGGAGCAAAAGGUUGAAACGGACGAUACCCACAAGACUAUCGAGGAAGACCGAAAGCUUCUCUUGCAGUCCGCUAUCGUCCGCAUCAUGAAGUCCCGGAAGAAGAUGAAGCACGUUCAGCUUGUUCAAGAAGUAAUUCACCAAGUAAAGUCGCGCUUCCCGCCCAAGAUUCCCGAUAUCAAGAAGAACAUCGAAGCUUUGAUGGAGAAGGAUUACAUCGAACGUCUUGAUGGGGAUGAGAUUUCUUACAUUGCCUAA